CUGAGCCCGGGGCCUCCCUGAGCCGCGGCCGUCGCGGAGCGCGCUGCGCGCGGCCCCAACAUGGACGAAGAAGGCGGCGGAGGUGGCGUGCCUGAUGACCUCUCCAUAGAAGAAAGAGAAGAACUUAUAAAUAUUCGUCGCAGGAAAAAAGAACUGAUUGAUGAUAUUGAGAGAUUAAAAUUUGAAAUAGCGGAGGUUAUGACAGAAAUUGAUAAUCUGACUAGUGUGGAAGAAAGCAAAACUACACAGAGAAAUAAGCAAAUAGCCAUGGGAAGGAAGAAAUUCAACAUGGACCCUAAGAAGGGAAUACAGUUUCUGAUAGAAAACGACCUCUUGCAGAACACUGCAGAAGACAUUGCACAGUUCCUUUACAAAGGAGAAGGAUUAAAUAAAACGGUAAUCGGCGAUUACCUCGGUGAAAGAGAUGAAUUUAAUAUUAAAGUUCUUCAGGCUUUUGUUGAACUCCAUGAGUUUGCUGAUCUCAAUCUUGUACAAGCCUUACGGCAGUUUCUGUGGAGCUUCAGACUCCCAGGAGAGGCUCAGAAAAUUGAUCGUAUGAUGGAAGCUUUUGCUUCACGCUAUUGCCUUUGUAACCCAGGAGUUUUUCAGUCUACAGAUACGUGCUAUGUGCUGUCGUUUGCAAUCAUCAUGUUAAAUACCAGCCUGCACAACCACAAUGUCAGAGAUAAGCCAACAGUAGAGAGGUUUAUUUCUAUGAACCGUGGAAUUAAUGAAGGUGGAGACCUUCCAGAAGAAUUAUUACGGAAUUUAUAUGAAAGUAUUAAGAAUGAGCCAUUUAAAAUUCCAGAGGAUGAUGGAAAUGAUCUAACGCAUACAUUUUUUAAUCCAGAUAGAGAAGGUUGGCUGCUGAAAUUAGGGGGAAGAGUAAAAACGUGGAAACGAAGGUGGUUCAUUUUGACUGAUAACUGCCUGUAUUACUUUGAAUACACCACUGACAAAGAACCUAGAGGGAUUAUUCCAUUAGAAAAUCUUAGCAUAAGAGAAGUUGAAGACCCUAGAAAACCAAACUGCUUUGAGCUCUAUAAUCCCAGUCAUAAAGGCCAAGUGAUUAAAGCCUGUAAAACUGAAGCUGAUGGCAGAGUGGUGGAAGGCAACCACGUAGUGUACAGAAUAUCUGCUCCCACUCCAGAAGAAAAAGAAGAGUGGAUUAAGUCCAUCAAAGCAAGUAUCAGCAGGGACCCCUUUUACGACAUGCUGGCGACAAGGAAACGAAGAAUUGCAAACAAGAAAUAGGACUUGAUGGGUAGCAUGGAUACCUGCGUCCACUUCUACAUGGGCUAUAAUGGAGUGUAAUGUAAACCUUGGGCAAACGAAAGGAAGACAGUAACUGUACAUUUAUAUAUAUAUAUAUAUAUAAAAAAAAUUAUA